GCAGCACAAAGUGAGUGCCUUGUUUUCCUGAGUGUUCCUGAACGCCUCCUCUGGGUGUGUGCGCGCUGACGGCGCUGACACUAAACACACAUACACACACAGAGCUCACAGCAGCGCAGCGGGACUGUCUCUGUCAUCUGUCACCUGCUCCACACCGGGCUGGCUCUCCUCUCCGCCGGUGGAUGGACAGAGGAUGGGAAACAAGUGCAGCUAGUUUGAACAUCGCAGAGGUCCAGAAAGAGCGCCACACCAGGUUGAUACUGUAGUCAUCUUAAGCAGCACCGAGGGAACUGGGACAAAGUGGAGAUGCAGACGUUUCUCAGAGGCCGAAGAGUCGGCUACUGGCUCAGUGAGAAAAAACUCAAGAAACUCAAUUUUCAGGCUUUUGCGGAUUUGUGCAGGAAAAGAGGAAUAGAAGUUGUGCAGCUGGACCUGAGUCAGCCAUUGGAAGAGCAGGGCCCUCUGGACGUCAUCAUCCAUAAACUGACGGACCUGAUCCUGGAGGCCGACCAAAACGACUCCCAGGCCAUGCUGUUGGUGCAGAGAGUACAGGACUACAUCGACGCACACCCCAAGACCAUUGUUCUUGAUCCACUGCCUGCCAUCCGGACCCUGCUGGACCGCUGCAAGUCCUACCAGCUUGUACACCGAAUAGAAAGCAGUAUGCAAGAUGACAGGAUCUGCUCUCCUCCAUUCAUGGUCCUGAACAGCGAGUGUAGUGCAGACGUGCUGGAGCAGAUCCGGAAGCAGGGACUCACAUUCCCAUUUAUUUGUAAGACUCGCGUGGCUCACGGAACCAACUCUCAUGAGAUGGCCAUUAUCUUCAGUGAGGAAGACCUUAAGGACGUGAAGCCCCCUUGUGUCAUCCAGAGCUUCAUUAACCACAACGCGGUGCUGUACAAAGUGUUUGUGGUUGGAGACUCACACACAGUGGUAGAGAGACCCUCCCUGAAGAACUUCCCCUCUGGACCUGCUGACAGAAAAGCCAUUUUCUUCAACAGCCACAAUGUUUCUAAACCAGAGUCGUCCUCAGACCUGACCUCGAGGGACAAUGUGGAGGGCGUGUCGCAGCCCCCUAACAAUGAGGUGAUUCGAGAGCUGUGCCGCUCUCUGCGCCAAGCACUGGGUGUGUCUCUGUUUGGUAUUGACGUCAUCAUCAACAACCAGACAGGACAGCACGCAGUCAUUGACAUCAACGCCUUCCCAGGUUAUGAGGGCGUACCAGAGUUUUUUAAUGACCUGCUCAACCACAUAAGCAGUGUGCUCCAGAGCCAGAGUGCUGAUGCAGCGGCUGUGCCUGUGAGCAGCAGCCCCACGGCGCAGGGCUGCUGUGGCCUGCUGGGCAAAGAGGCCAGUGGCCCCUGGAUCGUGGAGGGGGACAGUGGGCUGAAGGGCUCUCUACAGAGACUGGGCUGUAACACAGCCAUGUCCCCCAACUUUCAACAACACUGUGUGUCCACUAUUGCCACCAAGGCCUCCUCCCAAUGACUGCUCCUGAACAAACCUGGUAACAACCAUAACCUGUAAUCAUAAUAAUUAUGAUGAUCCUAUAUCUAAUCCCAACUUUUUCCUAUAGUUGUUGAAAAGACAAUGAUUUGGUGUAAGAUUUUCUCUCUGCCUUUUGUAUGUUUGAUUUGUUGAAUGAGAUUUAAAGUACUGUAAUGUGAACCUUGGAACAUUUGCCUGAUAAUUUCACUUUUCUGAUGUGGGAGUUUGGCAAAGACAGAUGCUCAGGUAGCAGAGGUAAUGGCCACUGUCUGAGUGACGCGAGACGUGCUGAGCUGUCAAUACCACUGAACCCACACAGACCCUCAUGGGCAUUUUGGUAAGGGGCAUUUGAACACCCAUAACCUGCAGAGCUGUUAGCGUGCCAUAGGACUGUCUUCGAAUCCAUGCAGAGUCACCAGUCAUGUGACCAAGUCCUUUUUGUGAUGGAGUAUUCUCUGCUGCGUCAGAGGCCUGCUGGUUCAAGCACAGGUGGUAGGUGCUCAACCAAGAAUACACUAUUAGUUUUAAGCAGCCAGUUGAGGAAAACAUUCCAUUUGUUUUUGCCAAUGCUUCCAGAGAAUUCCAUGAUUUCUUUCUAGGAUUCCAAAACGUGAACCCAAGGACAUAUAGUCAUUUUGGUUCUGUGAUGGAGCAAAGAACUCCAGGAUAUCAUCAGUUAUGCCACUUGGUUCUUUGGCAGAAUAACAUGUUUAAAUACCCAAAUGUACUGGGUAACUAUGUGCUUAAUGGAAAAGAUGAAAGGUUCAGAGUGGUUGUAUAUAGGGCAGAGCAGUCUGUUCUACUUCCAGGUGAUUCCAUGUCUUCUGUUUGUAGCUGCUGUAGUGGUGUCCUGGGGCGUCACGUGGAAUUAAUGAUUUGGAGCAGAAUGAGUGUGUUCACUGUGAGAUUUUUUACUCCUUUUAAUAUUUUGUCCUGACAUCUAAUAAGAUUAACUUUAUUUUAUUGAGAUUUUAUGGGGAAUUACUUUAUAUGUAUGAUGUAACUGUGUGAGGUUUUGAACAAAAUGGGGUUAUGGGUACUGAAUGAUAAAAAAGAUAAGUUGCACAAAAAUCAGCGGUGUUGGGGACAGAGGCUUGUGGUUGUCAUCUCUCAAAUCUAUGAAUCAGAAAGAGUACAGCCUGUAAACUGUGCCUGCUUCCAUACCUGCAUUUCUAUAUUUAACUGUAUCCUGUAUCCUUAACUGUAUCUUAAUGUGAAUAAAAUUGUAAAUCAGUUGCAUUCACAUUCUAUAAUCUGAUAUCAAAAUCUCACAUAGAGGGCUAGAGCCAGUAUUUUUUCAAACAGUUCUCCCUACAAAAAAUGUAUUUUAAGGUAAUGUAUAUUUAGGUUUACCUACAAACUCAACCCUGUAAUAUUGAGCAAUAAUGCCAGUUUUUGCCUUACAUAAAAUAUGUUGCUCUUUAGUCCAUGGGCUAUUGUUUUAGUUUCAUGUAAAUCAGCUCAGUUACAAGCCAGAGUGAACCAGGAUAUGUAUGCCACGACCAGGAUUUUAACCAGUUCUACUAUAGGAUUCAUAGCUUCUCAAGUUUUUAUCUCGGGGCUUUUCAGAAUCUAGUCUAAUUUUCAAAGUGCAGUUUUGCAGGCAGGCACAGGUGAAGCUCGCAUCAAGGAUUAAGAUAGUGUUUUGCUCUUAGCUGUGGGAAGGCUGAGGCGUGAACGUGCACCACUCAACUGUCUCCUCUGUGUACUCCGUGCUUGUCAACAUGUGGCCCAGAAGUCUCCACCUGAAUGUUUACCUGUGUAUGUGUGUGUGUAUAUAUAUAUAUAUAUAUAUAUAUAUAUAUAUACACACGCGUAUGCUUACAUCCGUAUAGUAUGCUGUUUUGUAUCAGUUCUGUAAUUGAACAGAAAUCAACAUUUUGGUGACAUUUUCUAAUUAAAUAUCUAAAUCAAAAAGGCAAAAUAAACAAUGUGAAACCUU